AUGAAUCAGAAACAUCGCACGUUAUUGCGUAUGGAUGAUGAAGGACAUCCAGCAGUUUAUGUGCAAAUGACUGCCACUGGUUUCGAUGGUGUACGAAUACCCGUCGAACAUUUAUCUUGGUUACCCUUGAAAUUAGAAAUGAAUACAACAAUUCGAGAAAAUCAAGUCAAUGUUGCCUGUCAUAUGAUCCAAACACCGAUGUCGCGCGAUGAUACAACGAUCGGAAAUAUUGUCAUGCAAAUGAGUAUGGGCGAAGGGAAAACGUCUGUCAUCAUUCCGAUGUUAGCGCUCAGUCUAAUAUAUUUGCCGCGAACUCAAAAUUAG